AUGGUUUCGGGAAUACUUUGGGUUGUCCCAUCAGUUCCUGUGGGCCAGUCCUCAGUUCAAGCUAGUCUACCAGGGGCACAGUACUCUUACCAAUUCCUUCCUCAGCAGCAGACUCAUCAUGAGCAGCAGCAAAAAAACCAAGCUACUUCAGAGUAUCAGGGAGAAAAGGUGUCCAAGGAAGAAACUGAAAAGCUGCAUGCAUCUGCCAUUGCACAGCAGAAAGAACUUGAGGCUCAGCUGGCUGCCUUGAUUAGUGGAGGUGGUAGCAAGCAGAGCUCAUAUUCAUCAUCAAAAAGUGGAGGUGGUAGCAAGCAGAGCUCAUAUUCAUCAUCAUCAUCAUCAUCAGCAUCAUCAUCAUCAGCAGCAGCAGCAACCAACAUCAGUCCAGCAUCAUAUUCAGUUCCUGCAGCUCCUGCCAUCAGGCCUGUAGCUCAAUAUAUUCUUCCAGCACCGGCUGUAGCAGUGCAGCAAACCUACACACCAGUCUUGUCAGGGCAUAGCCAACAGCAAGUAGUCCAAACCAGCUACACUGGUCCAAUUGUGUCCAAGGAGGAAACUGAGGCCCUGCAUGCUGAAGCCAUUGCAGCUCAAAAGCAAAUCAUUGCUGCUCAGGAAGCCAUCAAUAAUGCUGGUCCAGCCAAAGCCAGUGACGCUAAAUCCACCUCUUACUCAUCAGGUGGCUAUAACACCAUUGCUGUGGCACAAGGCAAUAGUUAUCAAACAUCUGUCCCAGUCCACCAUCAGGUGGUGCAAGUGUCUGCUCCCAUCAGACCGGCAUUUGCUAUACAGCCAGCAACACAGCCACCAGCAGAUUACCACUUGAAAGCCAGUGAGCAUUCUGGUGCGACAUCUACUUACACUGGAGUUAAGGUGAGCAAAGAGGAGACAGAAAAGCUGCAUGCAGAUGCCAUCAAGAAACAGCAGGAGAUCAUUGCCCAACAACAAAGGCUAAUUGCUCAGGGAGCAGCAGCAGCAGGUCAGCAGCAGACAAGUCAUUAUCAGUCCCAGCAAAGUGUUGGAGGAGGGGCUCAGCAAGGGUUCCAGCAUGGAACUCAAAGUUUCUCAGCACAGGUGUCUGAACAGAGUCCUGGUGGUUACUUGGUUGCUUACACACUUCCUGCUGCUGGCAUUCAACAGGGAUCAGCCCAAGUUCAACAAACAGGAAGCUUGGGUUACUCUGCUAGCCAGCAGGCUGCCUCUUCCUCCAGCAACCAGCAACAUGUUGCUUCUAGCAGCAGCCUUGGGUCUUCAAGCACUCAUCAGCAGUCAGGUUAUGCUGUCCAGGUGUCACAGGAAGGACCAGGAGUAGCUGUUAAUUACGCCCUACCAAGUGCUUCAAUUUCCCAACCUGCAGCAUCUGGUGUAGUGACUGAAUACAAGGGAGAGAAAGUUACUAAGGAGCAGACUGAACAACUGCAUGCUGAGGCAAUCAAGAGACAGCAAGAAUUCACCCAGCAACUGACUUCAAGGGUGUCUCAAACUGUUUCCAAUUAUUCUCCAGAAGAUUCCCAGGAUCGCAAGGAGGAACAAGAGUUGCUUGAUAGGCAAAACCAAGAAGUUCUGGAACAAAUUGCUCUUGCAAAGGCCCAGGGUCAAGAAGCAGAAGCUCAGGGGAAGCUUGAAGUGUCUUCAGGCAGUGCAUCCUUGUCUGCAUCAGGAGGCUCUCAGAGUUAUCAGACUUCAUCAAGCAGCAUAGCCUCUUCUGCAGGAGCCUCUCAGGGAUAUCAGAAUUCAGUCUCCAGCUCACUUUCAGCUUACCAACCACCUGCACUCACUCUUAGAACUAGUAGAAUGUUUGCUUUCAUCAAUGAACAACAACAAGGAGGAUCAGCAGCAGUAACUCAGCAACAAGCCUUCUCAUCCCAAAGCUCCCAACCUCAGCAGCAGUACUCUUUCAGGACAAUAAGUCAGCAGCAAUUCCAGCCAGGACAAGUUCAAGCUAUGCUUGGGGAGAUCUUACCCAAUGGAGCAGGCAUCCGGAUUAUUGGGCCUGUUGUGACCAAUUAUCUUCCCUCUGGCCUUGCUCCAGCAUUCGCAAGACAAGGUGUGGCUCGUGCUGAAUCAGCAGAAAGCGAGUCAAACUCAGCUGAAAACGAUGAUGAUGCGUCAUCUGAGGCUGCUGAACUCGCUCAACAAGACGCAGAAGUCCAGCGUCAAACCCAGGAAGCUGUUGAAGAUGGUCUGAGAGCAGCUGCUGGUGAAGCCGCAUCUUUCGAAGAUACUCGAGUCAGGGCAUAUGCUCCACAUCAACAUCAAUACUGAUGAUAUUCGACAAUUGAUAAAUCCUUCGUCGAGGGAUUAUUGUGAGCAACAACAAUGAUGCAACGAGGAAACCCAUGACUGCCAGCACACGCGAGAGAAAGUCUAUUCGCAUAUAGGGCUUUUUCUAUAUAUAUUUGGUUGCAUGCUUCAGUGACCUUAUAUGAAUAGCAACUUUGAUAUAUUAUCGGCACAAGUCUAUAUUUUUUUUCACCACGAGACCUAAAUUUCAAGGGUUUUAACCACACACACAAAAAAAAACGCGCGUUCGUGAGAGUCUUUCCCUUUUUUUGUUUUUUUUACUCUGUACUGAUCGGAAUUAUGUAUAUAUAUUUUUUUUCACGACCACUUGUUUGCAUGGACUGAGAAUACAAAAGCAAGGAUUCUUGGUUGAGUCCUUGGUCUUCAUCACUAUAUA